ACUUGAACCUUGAAUGAACCUUGAGCUUACCUUGCUUCCGCCAUUCGACUUGUGUCCUUCAUCGACAAUGAGCUACAAAUCCAACUACGAGCCUUACACAAGCCAAAGCCUGUACUCCAGGCAAUCCUCGUCCUCAGAACUCCUCUACCCACUUGGCGAUCUCUACCCACACGUCGUCGCUUUACAACUCCAAAUGGAAGACGAGAAUGAAGCCCGAGGGUCCGCAUCGAGGAAUCUCUCCUACCAUCAGGACAUCCCUUACUGGGCAGAGGUUGCCUCGCCAGAAUCGCCUCACUCGCUGUCGGAGAGUUUCUCCAAGCGCUCGUUGCGCAGAUAUAGCGAAUCCACAAAGGCACGAUUUGUUUCUGGAAUCCGGCGAUUGCUCAGCCGCGAUGAACUAAGGGCACGUCGGCGUUUCAAGUGAAUUGCUUUGCCCUUGGCCUUAGCCCGAGCUGAACGACCGCGAACGAUCCUUUCUUGAAUGCAUUUUGACUAUUCCAAGCCACGCUUUUUUUUUUUUUUUGUUGGCUAUACCCUAAUGAUCUUUGUUUCAUUGCUUACCAUUGUCUCACUUGGAUUCUUACUAAGUCCCUUGCAUUUCCGGGUUUCUUCCUGCACCUCCACGAAUGAUGCCCCCAUUUUACCAUGCAUCGGUUCUUAUUUUCCUAUGUCACCGGCACUUGCUGCAUCUGCAUCGCCGCAUAUCGGCAUUCCAUUCCAACUGAGACGUGUCAGACUGACUCACUCUUUCAUUUGAUGUUUUCUCCUGUCAUCAACUGGCGUUUUGGAUGUUUCAUGCCUAUUUACCUAGUUAGCGAGGAGUUUAUGGCGUUGUUUCCAACUAUGCAAGGAGUAAACGAGCGAGCCGCCGCAUGAGACUGAAUAUCUAGGUCAUUUGACACUUUUGUUACCUUGCA